AUGAUUGCAAUUCAAUGUCUAUUAUUUUUAAUUAUUUUGACAGUCAAUGCUUUGUGUCAACAAUUGGGUCCAUACGUUGAGAUUCUUCGUAAGAGUCGCGAUACUAACUGGAAGAUGGAUGAGAUUUUGCCAACAAAUUAUAACUAUUUAAUAGCACCGGUAGUUAAUAAUACGCCGAUUGAUGUUGAAGUGGUCGUCUCUAUAUUAUCAUUCAGAUCUAUAAAAGAAAAAUCUUUGUCAUUUGCUGUCGACGUGUUUUUUCAUCAAUACUGGUCUGAUAAUAGACUUCGUGUACCGACAGGACUUGAGGUCAAUACUAAAUUACGACUAAACAACAACUGGAAAGACAAGCUCUGGACUCCCGACACAUACUUUUGCAAUGCCAUCGAUGGGUCGGUUAACAACAUAUUGGAUCCUAUUAUAUAUUUCACAAUUGAAAAUCAGACCAAAGUAUUAAUGGCUAUCAAAUUGACUCUUGAGUUCAGUUGUGACAUGGAUUUCGCUAAAUAUCCAUUUGAUACACAAAUGUGUAAUUUUGAAUUAUCAAGUCUUUCUAAUACAAUCGAAAUAUUGAGAUAUAAAUGGAGACGAUUUCAUGUGACAAAACAUAUAUAUUUACCACAAUUUGUUAUUACAAAUGUUUCCGUAGAAAAUUGUGUCAAAACUUAUGAAGAUAUUGGUACCUAUUCUUGUUUAAGAGGGAGUCUAACAAUGAAGCGAAAUGUCAGUAACUUUAUUAUAAAACAUUACAUUCCCAGCCUUUUUAUAGUUAUUCUAACAUUUGUGAGCUUCUGGAUCCCAACCACCGCAUACCCGGCACGAGUUGGUCUGACUAUAACAGCACUGUUAGCACUAACAGUACAACAAACUCAAGAUCUCAAUGUUUCAGUUAUUAAUGCAUUAAGUGUUUGGAUGUUUGUUUGCAUCACUUUUGUCUUUUCCACUCUCAUUGAGUUCGUAUUUGCCAUACGUUUGCUUCAAAAUAAAUUACAUAUUACUGUCAACAAUGAAUGUAAUGAUAAUGACAAUGAUAGCGAUGACACACAUAAUCCUAUUAAUAAUCACAAAACAUCUAUUACCAAAUUAUUGAAUAGUUGUAUUAUGUAG